AUGCUUAUUGGUACAGUUGCUGCACUAGCAACUGGUGCUUGUUUUGCACUAGUCAUUUUUCUCUAUCAAAUUGUAACUGGUGCAUUAGUAAAUUAUGGAAAAGAUCAACAACGUAAUUCAUCAUUAGCUACUCCGUUGAAUUUUUCAAAUCAAACAACCAGUACCACUCUGUUUACCACAAUGACUGAUCUUGUCAAAUGGUAUGUGUUGCUUGGUGGUUUAAGUAUUCUAUUUUAUACAAUUGCAUUCUCAUGCUAUAUGAUAUCGUCUGAAAGACAAAUUAGACGAAUAAGAUUUCGUUUAUUCCGAAGUAUAAUACAUCAGGACAUGGCUUGGUUUGAUGUGCUCGAUAAUACAGGAACAUUGAGCAAGAUGUUAACAGAUGAUUUAACUAAAGUAAAAGAUGGAAUCGGCGAUAAAGUUGCUGAUUUUCUCUCAUUAUUAGCAAGAAUGAUUGGUUGUCUAGUCUUUGCACUUGUGACAGGAUGGAAAUUAACACUUGUGAUUCUCGCUAUUUCACCGUUAGUCGUACUUGCAUUCAAUCUUAUACUGAGGGUAAGCAAUCUUUGAAUUAUGUCCAGACAAUAUUUACACAGUUUGCAGUAAGAGAUCUAUAUCUU